CUUGGAGACGAAAAAUCGGAAUUUUCAAGAUGGCUUCGAGGUAAAAUGGAAAGCGACGCCGAAAAUGCAAAAGAAAUAGAAACUUAUUCCUUUUUGCUUGGUUCUGCAAUUAGAAAUGAAGACACGAACCAGUUUUUGAGCAUUUAUGACUCUAUUUUACCGUCUGGCUUGUCUGAGAAACAGGUUGAUACCAUCAAGCAAAAGGCUCGUGCUAUAGCAGAUCUUACAGAGGACGAUUUCACAGGUCUGGUGAGCAAGGCAAGAGAUUUUAGUCUGGCUCAGGACAGAGACAAGAUGUCCCACAGGGACCAAAGUUCUACACACUUCACAAAUAGACAUGCAAUUUACCAGGAUGAUGAUUCUGAUGAACAUUGCCAUACAUCUGAAUCUUCAUAUUUUCGUGUUACAAAUAAAGACGUCAUUAUUGACAUCCCAUCCUUUCCAGAUGAGGAGAAGCGAACUGAUAAUGACUCAGGGAUCUAUAAUUCUAGUAAGGCAACAACAAGUCUGUGUAGUAACUCAGAUCAGGAAGAGAGUGAAGGGGAGGAAAGGGCAGCCAGUUUCGAUUACUUCCCCCCUAAAGUGACACCAAUGUAUCAUAAUGAAUAUGAUGAGGCAUAUGAUGUUGAGUCAGAUAAAGCAUCACAAAAUGACAUUGAGUCCCCGCGCAGUGAUAAAUCUGGAACUAAGGAGAGCGAUCAAGACUUUUAUCAGGGUACAGAAAUGGAAACUUUUCGUACCUACAGUCGCGGACAGGAUGAUUUUGAAACCAGUGAAGACAGUGACGAUGAGGUGAAGUUUGCUCCUCAUCGCACAUUAUACAAUGAAAGAAGGAGUCGUAAUUAUUACACUCCUAUGACUCAGGAGAGCACAGAGGAAUAUGGUGAAAUGUCAUCGUCAACCUUUUCUUUUGACAAUAGUCGUAAGGCACUUAAAGACAACUCUGCUUCCUCUUUGAGAAGGGUAGACGAUUAUAUUCACUUCCCAUUAAGUAGUCCAACUCCCAGUCGCUACAGUAACUUUACUAGAUAUGAUAAAAGUAAUAGCACUGGGGUACAUGUAGAAAAAUCUGUGUAUUCUCGUCAUCAUGAUGAUAUGUUUAGUGGUGAUAAGGACCCUCCAUUUGGUCAUGGAAAAGACCAAGUUGACAAAGUGGGUAAAUCAAUCUGUUCUUUGCUAACAAACAGUUGCUCCUCAGUUGAUGACAUGCCUGAAGGAAGACCUAUAGCACAAAGUCUAGAUUUGGCUGAUGAUGGGAGGAGAAAGAAAAAGAAAAAGAGAGGAUCAAAGGAUGAUCUUGAUGACAAAACCAGGAGAAACUCAGAUUACGAUGAGAACGGCAACCCAAUAGAUCGCUACUAUCAGAUGCGAGGCUCUCCAAAACUUGGUUCUACAAGUUCAGUUAUUCGUAAAAACUAUCCUGGAGCUAACAGUUUUCCUCAGAGCCUGAGAGACUUCAAUCCAUAUACGUUAGGAGGUACACCCUUAAGUGAAUUAGAUUCUUCACCAUUUCAUCAAAGUCACGAUUUAAAUCGUACAGAAAAGAAAGUUCGUAAAAAAAUUAAAAAAGAAAAAGUCAGUUUGUCUGAAGAGGUUGAAAAUUAUGUAGGGAAUAAAGAAAUUGACGAACUAUUAGAUUUCAUUGAUGGUGACAAAAAUGGGCGUAAGCCAAAGAAAAACAGUCAAACCAUUACAAAUGAAGUGGCAGUGGUUUCUAAAUCUACCGAGAAAAACAACAAGAAAAACAAGGACAAAAAAUUAAAUAAACCACUUAAUGAAGAAAAAUGUGAAGUGAAAGAAACAAGAGAGGAAAAAAGUGAAGCUAAAAUAAUCGAUGAAACCACCCCACUUAUUAAUUCUAAUAAAACAGAUCAUAUAGAUUACAAAACUCAAAGUGUUCAAAAUCAUAAUAAUGAUAAAAAGUGUGUUAUUAACGAAUCACAUUUAAACGUUAUAAAUAGAAUGGGAAAUACCACUGCUAAAAACUCAUCUGAUGAGAAUACUGAUUCACAGGAACGAAUUGAAACAAUAAUUACAAAUGAGAUAGACAUAAAACAAUCGGUGAGUUUACCAGAUGAAGAAAUUUCAAUGGAAGCCAAAGUAGAACAGAAGGCUAACAGUGUUCCAUCAGAAAGUGUAGAAAAAACAAUUAAAAAAGACAAAAAAUCAACAAUCAAAUCUGUUGAAAAACAAAAUCAGUCUAAUAAACCUAAAGGAAAGGGAGUUAACUCCAAGAUAGAGAAUUGUAUUGUGAAUGGUUUUGAUGCAGAUGAUUCAGUAGAAAACAUUUCUACAAAACCCAAAUCACAAACGAACAAUAUCAAACACAGAAUAAUGGAGAAAAGUGCUAAUAAAGAAACCUAUCAAACUGAAAAUGGGUUAAAUGGCAUGGUAGUUAACAAUAACAAAGACAAAACUUCAUUGUUUCUUAAUGAGCUAGAUUUGGUGCAGAAUGAAGACUAUCGUUUCACAGACUUUGAACCAUUGAGAAAGGAGCCUGAAUUUCAAGUUGUUGGUGGCAAAAAGAAAAAGAAGGUUCCCACAACAAAGGAAAUAGUAAGUGCUAAGGAAACUUUAGUUCCUCCUAAACCUUUUAAAAGGGAAGAAAGACGCAAGGCUCCCCGUUCAGUGACACCUCCUCCUUUAAACAAACUUUCAUCAAACAUUGAAGGAGAAAGAACACGAGACCUUAGUCCAUCAGCAUUUCCUGCCCUUGGCAGCUCUAAUCAACCAGGUUUCCGUGAUGCUAGGAGGAACUCUACUGGUGAUGUUCGAAUGGAAGUUCAAAGUAUUAUAAAAGCUCAAGAUGACAGUGAUAUUGAAUCAGUGAAAUCCCUCCCUGCUUCUUCACAAGGAGCUUGGCUACAAAAUAGUCUAUCCCCACGUCUCCCGGUUUCCUAUGCAAAAAUGGCCGCUUCUCCAAAACCUAGUGUUACUUCCUUGGGAAGCUCUACAGCAGAUGAUGAACCUGAAGAAACAAGCAUGGACUUGAAAGCAGCCAAUUGGAAAGGACAAAUUAAGGAGAGGCGGCAUUCCAUUGGUUCUCAUCCAGAAAACGUAAAAGAAAUUGAAAGUUCUUCCAUCAAACAAAAAUAUGGAAGUCAAGAAGUUUUAAAUGUUUGUGAUCAGGAAGUUGUAUUAGUGGAUGGUGACUUUAGUGAUCAGGAUGUUGUAUUAGUGGAUACUGACUUUCCCAAAGUUGGAUUUGAUAUCAAAGUUGUUAGCUCUACAAAUUCCAUUAAAACUGAAGAAAGUAAUACUAGUCUAUGUAGUAAUGUGUCAUUUGGCGAUGUUAUUCCAAAUGAUACAAAUAUCAUUGAUAGUCAAAUGACCGUAUCAUAUAGUAAAAAAUAUGAGUCUGAAACUGCCAAGCAGAUAAAUGAAGAUUUAGAGUGUUCUCUUGAAAAUGACAAGUCCAGCAGUGAAUCAUCAUACAAAGUGUCAAACCCUAAAAAGAUUUGUGAAACAAAUAAUGCUGAGAAAGUGAAGUCUGUAAAACAAACAGUUAAUAAUUCUAAAAGAGUAAAACAGUCUGUAAUAUUCAUGGAUAAAAGAGUCAGUCAGGCCCCUCGUAACUUGGGCAUAUCAUUUUUCUUUGACUCUGCAAACGAGUCUAAUGUUGCCGAUAAUAAUUCCGAAAACAUACAAAAGUGCUCAUCUUCUAGCUUACAAAGUAAUUCAAGUAAUAUUCCAAAAACUGAUUCCAAAAAUCUUAGGAAAAAUUCUUCAGAAAAUUCUGUGAUAGACAAAUUAUCUAUUUCAAAUAGUAAUAAAGAAUUUGGGACAGACUCCUCACAAAAAAGCCAUCCUCUAGCUGGCAAAAAUGGUGUUAUUGAACACAUCAUAAACCCUAAUGUUCAAAACAAACAUCUUUCUCAUAAAGACAAUACUAUCAUGUUCAUUGGCGAGCCUAACCAGGUCAUAGAAGCUGCCCAGAUCUCAAGUGACUCAAAAUUAUCAAAUUCCAAGGAACAAUCGAACGUUAGUCAAUCUGAUAAUGUAGUUCUUAUUACAAUUGGAGAUAGAAUAGACUUAGAAGUGAAUUCAUUGCCAAAAGAUGAUAAGUGUAAACAGCAGCUUUUCUUCCGUCAGGAUUCGGGAGACAACAAUUCUAAUCAAAGAUUCAAUUUCCCAGAAGCUGUUAGUUAUCUUAAUAAAGAAUGGGAAAGAGCAUUAGAUGGAAGUAAAAAAUACCCAAAUGAAGUACUAGUAUACAAGGCUUGAAGACCACAGAUUAACCUCAUGAACUUCUGUUGUGUGCAUUAGUACUGCUGGCUAGUGAAAUCAUUGCUUUUUCUCUGGGAAUCGAUACAUAUUUACAUCAUUGACAUUGUUAGUUUUUACAAUGUCGUAAACAGUCAAUUAGAUUUUUCAAUGACAUAAGCAGUUAACUGCAUAAAUUUGUGAUUUUGUUUCUUGUUAUAGUUUAUAACAUGAGAAACUGUAUUUAUUGUUAAAAGUUGUUUUGAAGAAGGGGUAUAUAUUUUCUGGUAAAGACAUGCAUGUUAAGAAUAUGUUCAAUUUUCUUUUCACUUAUCCUUUGCUUUUUUUUUUUUAUCUUUUUUUCUUUUCUACUUUUAAGUCACUGCAUCUUUUUUUCUCUUUGAAAUUAUCGCCCUGUAUAAAUGAGAAAAUCUUUAAAAAAAAACUAAGGCUCAGUAUUAUUUUGUCUUUUAUUUUAUUACUUGUUCAUCAAAAUCACGAUAUAUAUAAUUCAAGUGCCUGUUGUUAUCUUCUUGAGGAAAAACGGUCUUUACCAGAAAAAACUUACAGUUGAAUGUUUCAAUAUGGACCUAUAAGAGAAAUUUAUGUUGCAAUUGCUUAAAUGAAUAUUUUUCUCUUACUUAGAUUGAAUUGUUAACUCUUAUAAUCAGGAUGAAAUUUUAGAUUUUGCAACUUUUGAUAAGCUUUUAUAAUGAAAACGAAGGGAUAUGGUGUCUUUAUUUGUGACCAAAAAUCCCUUCAUGCACCUGUCCUUUUCUUGCUGUUCUUCAUCUCAAAGUUAUAUGUUUUUAUUUUCCCCAAAUUAAAAAAAAACUUGUUACUAUAAUUAUGUUAAGUUUAGUCAGAGGUGCAUUAAAAAAAAGUUUCACAUUCUGCUUUUUUUGAAAUCAAGGAAAUUGUACUUUUGAAUUUCGAUUUAUUUCUAAAUAUUUCAUACAUAUGAAAGCCUUAAGUUAUGAAAUCAUCAAUUUGUAUUUUCAGUAAAUUAUUUAUAGAUGCAAAUGAUGGUUUCAGUUUCAUUUAAAAGAAAAUUUCAGGGUAUGUAACCAUGGUUACAGACAAACACAAUUCAAGAAAAGUUGAACAUGAUUCAUCAUUUUCUUGGAUUUGAAUUUUGUUUUUUUGAAUAAUCGUGAAUUAAAUGAUCUUAAAAAAAUUAACAGUUUAGUCUGUUUUUACUUAUAUUUGAAAGACCAAAAUUUAACAUAAAAUGAAUUAUAUGUUCAAAUUUCAAGGUAUCAUGUGACUAAAGAUAUAGUGUGACUAACUUAUUAAGGUCCAUAAUGAAAAAGAAGAUAAGAUUUGUCCAUUGUUCAGAGACAGAUGUGUUACUUACAGAUUAUAGUGAACUGUAUUGUAGUUGCCAAAUGUGAACUUUAAGGUUUUGAUUAUUUUUUUGAAGAAAAUGCAAUUUAUAUGUUCAUACUUUCGAGGAAAAAAGGGAUUUUUAUUUAUUUUUUAUUUUUUUUGUCUGAAUUCAAGUGUAAAAAUAGCAUUUUCUGUCAAACAAUGUGUUUCAACAUUACUAUAUUUUAAUUGUACUUUUUUGUUUCCAUUUUUUUGUUUUGCUUUGAAAAAUUUAUAUGUUGAAAAUAUUGACAUUUGUAUUUGAAAUGUUACAAUUCCAAAUGUGUGGGCUAAAUAUACUUCUAUAAAUGUACUUUUUAGCACAAAUGAAAAUAAAAAAUUAUUUAAAAUGUUGAUAUCAAGAUUGUGCCAUGUGGACAUUUUGUUUGCAUUUUGAAAUAAAGGAGUUUCCUCCCUUUAAAAGCAAGGUAUUAUUGCUGUUAUCAAAUAAGAUAAGGAAAAAUGUCUUCAAAAGUUGUUUAUUAGAGGGAAGUGAUGUUAAAAUAUGGUCACAUAAAUUUUGACUCUAAUAAUUAGCAACAAAUCUGACAUUUUUCUUUUGAAUAAAAAAGAUAAGAGUUAAAUGUAGCUUAAAAUAAUUUACACAACUUAAAUAAAAUGCAUUUCCAUACACAGAAGUAUUUAGUUACCAAGUGGUGUCUUAAUUUAUGUUUAUGGUUAAUCAUUGUAGAAAGUUUUAUUUAAAUAGAAAAAAUACUUUUAUAUAAUUGUAGUUUGAAUAUGUAAUUCAUCCCAUCAAAGAGUAUGAACAUUUAACAGUGUAUUUGUGAUUCUAGUUAAAAAAAGUACUACAUUCUCAACACAUUCUGUUGAUUCUUGUAAUGAAAUGAUAACUAAAUAAAUUACAGAUGAUAAGAAUAAGAAAGAUAUUUCAAAGUACUAUAUUUUUUUCAGCUGUAGAUCAUUUUUGUAUCGAACAACAAAACUAAUGGAAACAAGAGGUCCACAUGUGUCUUUGAUAACAACAACAAAAAAGUGUAUAAGAAGGCAGAGGUUUAUUGUCCUAGAUUUGUUUCAGCUACAUAUGUAUGAAUGGAAACAUGUGUUACAAAUGUAUAUAUAUAUUACAUGAGUUUAUGUUUUGUUAUGUUAAAUGUCAUAUUUUUUUGGCGAUUGUUCUGUUUGUCUUGCAUAUGUAUUGUUUUUCAUAUCAUCAAAAACAGAAACAUAUAGUCUGUUACAGUAAUUCCUAUAUUCUUGUAUGCUAAAUGCUCUUUUUCUGCAACACUUUUCUUUGAAAAAAUUGAGAUAUAUUCUUAUUCACUUAACUAGAAGAAAUAAUUUAAAGUCAGAGUUUUUUUUGGACAAGAAUUUUGGUUUUUGCAAAUAAUGUUACUAGGAAAAUCACUUUUAAGUCAUGAACAAUUUAGAAUAACUAAUAAUCAUUUAUAAGUUGUAAAAUAGCUCUUUAGAAAAGAGGUAUAGCUGUUUUGUUAGAGCCAAGAUCAUAGAAAAGUCUAGAGUCAAUUUCCUAUGUAAAAAUGAUUGUCCACAGGUCCCUUUUGGUACUGUUGUUAGAAUCUAUUACCCUUUGUAGUCAUAUUUUACAUGGAAUUAAGAAAUAAUAAGUAUGAAAUAUUUUUGAUUUAAUAGUUUGUUUAUCUAGAUCUUUUAAUAGGGACCCACAUAACUUACAAAUCUGAUAACAAAUAAUAUUGUAGACAUUUGACACCUUUUAAUGAUAUAUAACAGUUAUAGGGGUCACAAGCCUAUUAUUUGCAUAUUAAUCACUCAAGUUUAAAUGACAUAUGAAAAACUAUGAUUUUCAAUGUGAUGCAAGCUUAAGUUUUUUGCAGUUAUGGGAAUUAACCUUGUGAUGCUUUCUAAUUAUAAAUAAUUUAUAACUCGGUUUGAUAGUUAUGUAAGCACUAACUGACUCAAGAGUCUUUUACUGUCUUCAAACAAUUAUCUUCAUUUUCAGUUCAGAGAUCUGUAUACAUUUUGCUUAUUUUUUCAUGAAAUAUAAUAAAUGUUGAUGAAAUAUUAUUAAUAAAAAGAUCAAACUCAUUUUUUUAAAGCAUUUUGGGGAAGUUCAAAAAUGAGAAUUAUACAUUACAUGUAACUAAAUGCUGUAAGACUUUUUCUCUGUUAAAAAAUGUGUAAGUGUCCUUUCCUCUAUCAUUGUGUAUUCCUUGCCAAAACAUUUUUUACCAAUCUUUUACUGUAAAUACAUAGUUGCAAUUCUGGUGUCACAAAUUAUUUACUACCAGAGGUAAUUUUCUAACUGAAAUUAUGCAUAUUGUCGAAUAAAUUAUCUAUAGCAAGAUCUUCAAUCAGAAAUUAUUGCAAUGUUUUUCAGUUUUCUCUCUUCUCUUGUAUAUGCCUUAAUAAUGAAGAAUGUAUUAAAUUAAACAUAGAAUGGCAAAUGUAUUUUACAGCUGAUUAACAUUAUGGUUUAAUGUAAAUAGCAUUUUGUCUGAUACUUGCAAGUGCCUAAAAUUUAGUUUUGUCAGCAAAAGAAGCAUUUUUUUAGUUUUGUCAGUUAUAGGUAGUAAUGUAUUGUUAAAAAUUAAUUUCAUAAAUAAAAUAUUUAUAGUUUUGUUUAAAACUUUAAAAUUAUGAAAUAUAAGAGGGGGAUGGAGGAUAAAUGCAUAACAAUGUUACAUAUUUCAGUUAACAUAUUGUUAUUGGCUGGUAUUAUAAUUAAAAGUAUGUGCCAUCAAUGUAACUCUGUGCUUCUGUUCUCGGUUGCUCAUUCCUAAUCAUAGCAAAGUAAACCAGUCCUGAAAUAAUAUAAGUGUCAAAAAUGUUAUAUCCUGUUAAGAUGAUUAUUUUUUUCUUAUAUCCUGUACUGUCUCAAAAUUCUAAAAUACCACUGCAGUGUAUCCAAGAUAUGAAUCAUAUUUAUGAUUUUAACUUUUAUUGGUCUUUUAUUGAGAUUGUUGCUUUGAAAAUGUUACAGUUGCAGCUAAAAAAAUAUCUUGAACCAGGGUUAAGUGACUUCCUAUAUAUAUAUAUUUUUAUACAUUUUCAGUUUAAAGGUUACUUUUGAAAAGGGGAAGUUUAUCCAUCUGAAAUAGAUUUAUGUCUGUUUUAAGGAGAUAAAUCCUAAUAUUUUGUUAUUGCAGUAGUAUUUUACAAACUGGAGACAUACAGAGUUGUGAUUGUAUUCUUUCUGUUUACCUGUGUAUUACAAUAUUUGUUUACCUGUGUAUUACGAUAUUUGUUUACCUGUGUAUUACAAGUUGUUGGGAUUAAGUUAUGUAGCUGAAACAAAAUUGGAUAUAAAUAUAUUUAAACUCUAAUAAAUAUUGCUUCACAAAA